CAGGAGGCGUUUCGAGAGGGUUCCUCUGAAGUAACAGUGCUCCAACCAGGAUGCGCCAGCUUGUCACCGCACUGUGAUUACGCGUCUCGUCUCGUGUGUUGCCCCCAAUUUCUUCUGCUGCUUCUGCUGCUUCAAAUACGCCUCCUUUUGUCUGCAUUCCAUCUCUUUUAUUCCUCUUUCCAUCGCCACUGUCCAUCCUUCCCCUCCACUUUCUAAUACCUCGCUCGUCCUUUUCAUCCUUGUGCCUGUUGCUCUUUCUUUUCUAUCCUUCUCUCUCUCUCUCUAUCACUCAUAACUCAUACAUACACAUCGCCAUGGCUGACAGCGGAAAAGGCAAAGGCAAGCUUGUCGAGAACGCCUCGAUUGUUGCCCCGAAUGCCGACCCUGAACACGACCCUGCCACCGCUAUUCUCCGCAAGAAGAACGCCCCCAACAAACUGAUUGUCGACGAUGCCACCAACGACGACAACUCCGUCUUGGCCCUCUCUACCGCCACCAUGGAGAAACUCCAGUUUUUCCGUGGAGAUAUGGUCCUCGUCAAGGGAAAGAAGCGCCGUGACACCGUCCUGAUCGUCCUCGCCGACGAUAGCGUCGAGGACUCGAAGGUCCGCAUCAACAAGGUCGUUCGUAAUAACUUGCGUGUCCGUCUUGGAGACGUCGUCUCGCUUCACACCUGCACCGAUAUCAAAUACGGCAAGCGCAUCCACGUCCUCCCUGUUGACGACACUGUUGAGGGCGUCACCGGCAACCUCUUCGAGGUCUACCUCAAGCCUUACUUCCUGGAGGCCUACAGACCUGUCCGCAAGGGCGAUUUGUUCCUUGUCCGUGGUGGUAUGAGAGCUGUUGAGUUCAAGGUUAUUGAGACCGAUCCUGCUGACUACUGUAUUGUUGCUCAAGACACCGUUAUCCAUUGCGAAGGCGAGCCCGUCAAACGUGAAGACGAGGAGUCCAACCUUGCCGAUGUGGGCUACGAUGACAUUGGAGGAUGCAGAAAGCAGAUGGCCCAGAUCCGUGAGUUGGUCGAACUUCCCCUCCGCCAUCCUCAGUUGUUCAAGUCGAUUGGUAUCAAACCUCCUCGCGGAAUCCUCAUGUUUGGGCCUCCAGGAACAGGAAAGACACUGAUGGCUCGCGCUGUCGCCAACGAGACCGGUGCCUUCUUCUUCUUGAUCAACGGACCCGAGAUCAUGUCCAAGAUGGCCGGAGAGAGUGAGAGCAACCUGCGCAAGGCAUUUGAGGAGGCUGAGAAGAACAGCCCUGCUAUCAUCUUUAUCGACGAAAUCGAUUCGAUCGCACCCAAGCGUGAUAAGACUAACGGAGAGGUCGAGCGUCGUGUCGUCUCCCAGCUGUUGACGCUCAUGGAUGGCCUGAAGGCUCGCUCUAACAUCGUUGUCAUGGCUGCCACCAACCGUCCCAACUCGAUCGACCCUGCCCUUCGUCGCUUCGGACGCUUCGAUCGUGAGGUCGACAUUGGUAUCCCUGAUCCCACUGGUCGUCUUGAGAUUCUCCGAAUUCACACUAAGAACAUGAAGCUGGACGACGAUGUUGAUCUAGAGCAGAUCGCCUCUGAGACCCACGGCUACGUCGGAUCGGACGUUGCCAGUUUGUGCUCUGAGGCUGCCAUGCAGCAGAUUCGUGAGAAGAUGGAUCUCUUUGAUCUCGAUGACGAGACCAUCGAUGCCGAGGUCUUGGACUCGUUGGCAGUUACCAUGGAGAACUUCCGCUAUGCCUUGGGAGUCUCGAACCCUUCGGCUCUUCGCGAGACUGUGGUCGAGAUCCCUACUACGACUUGGAACGAUGUCGGUGGUCUGGAAAAGGUCAAGCAGGAGCUUCAGGAGACUGUACAAUACCCGGUCGAGCACCCCGAAAAGUUCUUGAAGUUUGGCAUGUCGCCCUCUCGCGGUGUUCUGUUCUAUGGUCCUCCUGGAUGCGGUAAGACUCUGUUGGCUAAGGCUAUUGCCAACGAGUGCCAGGCCAAUUUCAUUUCGAUCAAGGGACCCGAGCUGCUGACGAUGUGGUUCGGAGAGUCUGAGGCGAACGUCCGCGAUGUGUUUGACAAGGCUCGUGCUGCUGCGCCUUGUGUAAUGUUCUUUGACGAGCUGGAUUCUAUCGCCAAGGCCCGUGGCGGCGGCGGCGGUGAUGCUGGUGGCGCUGGCGACCGUGUACUCAACCAGAUCUUGACAGAGAUGGACGGAAUGAACGCAAAGAAGAACGUCUUUGUCAUCGGUGCGACUAACAGACCCGAUCAGAUUGACGGUGCGUUGUUGCGUCCUGGCCGUCUGGAUCAGUUGAUCUACAUCCCUCUUCCUGACGAGGCCUCGCGUCUGGCUGUGUUGAAGUCGACCCUUCGCAAGUCACCCGUGUCGGCAGAUAUCGAUCUUGGAUUCAUUGCAAAGUCGACCCACGGAUUUUCUGGAGCCGAUUUGACCGAGAUUUGCCAGCGUGCGUGUAAGCUUGCGAUCCGUGAGAACAUUGAGGCGGAUAUCCGCAGGGAGCGGGAACGCAAGGAACGUGGCGAGGAGGAGGCGAUGGAUGAGGAUGAUGAGGACGCUGUGCCCGAGUUGACAGUCGCUCACUUUGAGGAGGCGAUGAAGUUCGCGCGCCGGUCUGUCCAGGACAGUGAUAUCCGUCGCUAUGAGAUGUUUGCGCAGAACUUGCAGAACUCUCGUGGAUUCAACACGUUCAAGUUCCCGGAAGGAGGCGUCGGUGGAUCGGUUGCACCUGCACAGGCCGAGACGAAUGCGGCGUUUGGUCAGGACAGCACUGCUGACGACGACUUGUACUCGUAAAGGGAACACUUUUUCUUUCUUUUCGCGAACCACACUGCAACCACCAUUCCUCCUCUCCUGUACAUUUAUUGAUUGAUUGAUAUUUUAGUUAUUGCAAAGUCUUUCCUAAGAGAAAAAUCAAAUAAAGCUGUUGUCUGAAU